AGGCCGGCAUCACCGACAAUUUGUACACCAUAAUUCCCUCAUCUCUUACGGUCGCUACGCAGAAGCCCCCGGCCCGGGUUACGGCCGCACCCCGCAACUAUGUUGGAGGGUUUGGUCGCUAACUUGCUCAACCGCUUCCUGGGGAUGUACGUUAAGAACUUCGAUGGCAGACAGCUCAACAUCGGUAUCUGGUCCGGCGAUGUGAAGCUUCACAACUUGGAGCUUCGACGAGAGGCCCUCGAUCAAUUACAUCUCCCCCUCAACGUUGUGGAAGGACAUGUCGGAGAACUUACACUGUCGAUUCCCUGGUCGAAUUUGCGAGGGAAACCUGUUAAGGUUGAUAUUGAAGAUGUGUUUCUACUUGCGGCUCCCAAGGAAGAUCAGGACUACGACCCGGAGGAGGAAGACAGGCGGGCGCAUGCUCUAAAAAUGGAAAAGAUUGAAAGCGCGGAAAUGCUCAAGGAACGCAACACAGAGGGUAUGAGCCAGGAAGAGCAGCGUCGGAAUCAAAGUUUCACCCAAAGUAUGGUAACGGCCGUUGUCGACAACCUUCAGAUAUCCAUCAAAAACGUGCAUUUUCGCUACGAGGACUCGCUUUCUUCCCCUGACCAUCCCUUCGCCGUUGGCGUAACGCUGAAGGAGCUCAGCGCGGUCAGUACCGACUCCGAAUGGAACCCCACCUUCAUUCAGUCGACCUCUGGUACGACACACAAAAUGGCCGUUCUCGGCGCCCUUGCGAUUUACUGGAACACCGAUGCAGAACUUCUGGGUACGGGUCGAGGUUCAGACAUAGGCGCAGAAGCUCAAGGAAUUGGCCAUGCGGAGUUGAUCGACAAGCUAAGGACUGGCAUUGACAAUGAAGAAAACGUACAGUUCAUGCUCCGUCCGGUCAGCGGACGUGCUGGCCUAGAAAUGAAUAAGUCGGGCGAGCAUGAUGUGGCGGCAAUCAAGGCGAGACUGCUGUUUGAUGAACUGAGUUUCGUCCUUGAUGAUCAUCAGUAUCGGGAUGCGCUGAUGCUCGUGGAUCUUUUCCACUAUUUCAUCCGCCAUCAGGAAUACAGAAAGUUUCAGCCGAAGUGCAGACCAAAGGAAGACCCCAGGGCUUGGCUUAGGUUCGCCGGAGAUGCCGUUCUGAGCAAGAUCCACGAUCGGAAUAGGCGUUGGACUUGGGAUUAUAUCAAGGAACGACGGGACGAUCGUAUCGCUUACAUCGACCUAUUCAAGAAGAAAAAGCGCGAAGGAACUCUGACUGGUGCCGAUGAAGAAAGGUUCGAACGCCUGCAGAGGAAGCUCAACUACGAGGACAUCCGCUUCUGGAGAUCACUGGCAAGAAACCAGUUACGAAAAGAGAAUGUGGGUGUCAAGAAGCCUGCGCAGCAGCAAAGCUGGUCAGAAUGGUUCUGGGGCAGCAAGAAAGAGGAGUCUGAGGAGACCGCAAUGACUGAGGAACAGCGCCAAGAACUUUAUAAUGCGAUCGACUGGGACGAAAAGAAAGCGAUUGCGGACAGCGUUGAUGUCCCAAGGGAUUGGGUGAAGCUGCAGGUUAAUGCUGGUCUGAGGGCUGGAAGCUUCACGUUGAAACGUGACCCCCACGGAAAAGCGAAUGAGGCCAUGAAGCUGGUAUUUGACAACUUCCGGGCAAAAGCCUUGCAGCGUCCUGAUUCUUUCUUCAUUGACCUCAAUCUCGGAGGCUUGCGAGUCUAUGAUGGAACAACGGAAGGCACCCUUUACCCACAGAUCGUCAAGGUCAAGGAUUCUUUGCCGGAACCGAAGAACCGCCUGUCCCAGGUUUCGGACAACGAACUAGAUGCCGAGGCUAGCGAUGAUGCCUCUGACUAUUAUAGAGAUGGCUUGUUCCACCUGGAACUGGAGAGAAAUCCUCUCGAAAGCGACGCCGAUUCGGUCGUAAAGGUCAAGCUAAAGAGUAUCGAAGUCAUCUACAAUCCCGCCUUCAUUGUUGAGAUUGUCAAAUUCUUCGAGCCGCCGGAGAGACAUAUGGAGUCGAUUGGUGCCCUCCUGGACACAGCAGGUGCCACCGUAGAGGGUAUUCGGCAGCAGACCCGAGCGGGCUUGGAGUUUGCCUUGCAGGAGCACAAGAAGGUCGACGCACAGUUUGAUAUCCAUGCACCUCUGAUAAUUGUCCCGGAGAGUAUCACACAAGAGAGCUCCCUCUGCCUGAUUCUCGAUGCUGGCCACAUUAGUGUGAAUAGCGAACUCGUGGAUCGGCAGACAAUGAGAGACCUUCAAUCGAAGCAGAAGCGACAGUAUGAGGAAGGGGACUAUAAGGAACUCGAGCACCUUCUUUAUGAUAGGUUCUUGAUCAAACUUGACUCUACACAGGUUCUCAUUGGCCCUGGCGUCGAUACCACCAAGUCGCAGCUUAGUACAGAUGUCGAGACCCGGAAUCUACACAUCAUCGAUCGCAUCAAUGUGGAUUUUGCCCUCGAGAUGUGUAUCGUGCCAAAGGUCACCGAGCUCACUCGGACUCGCAUUUCUGGCCACCUCCCAGAAUUACAUGCCUCCAUGUCUGACACUAAGUACAAGGGUCUCAUGAAACUAAUCGAUAUUGCGAUCCCCAGCUUCGAUGACAAUGAUGAGUCGAACAGCGUCGAUCAAAAGACGAAGGAAACGCCUGCCUCUGGCAAUAGAGCAAGGUCUUCCUCCUUCCAACCGUCAAGUCUCAGAGAGUUGCCUGCUGUUGACGAAGAUUCCGAUGAUGAGUCCGAUGAUGAACGAAGGAGAAAGAGCAUUGACAAGCCAACCAACAUACAUCGUCGGGACUUCGAAUUCAAGUUCACUGUUGGCCGGCUUCGCGGCUCGUUGUCUCGCUCUGAUCCAAGGGAUCCGCUACGUGACCACCUGCUUGUGGAAUUGGUCGCUGAAGGAUUUGCCCUGGACUUCUACAUGCGGCCCUUUGACAUGGUUGCAGAAGUAGUCCUGAAGUCCUUGAGUGUCGAUGAUUACAUCGAAGAGAACCCGGUUCCGGAAUUCAAGAGGAUUCUGUCGUCUAAGGGGUUCGAUGCUGACGAAGAAAAGGAUCUUUUCCAUCUCAAGUUUGUUCGAGUAAAGCCAGAGUCCCCUGAGUUCCAUUCCACAUACGAAGGUGUAGCGAUGAACCUUGAUAUGUCGGUCUCGACUAUAAACCUCGUCGUCACUAGGAAGACGCUCUUGACACUCUUAGAUUUCGUCCUGCUCACGUUUACGAACCCGGAGCAGCCAAACAAUCAGAUCUCUGAGUCAAGUGAAACAGCUCAGGACAUCCCUACUGUUCAGGAACCGCCGGAGCAAAGUGGAAAGAUCCGCAUCAAAGCUGACUUGAAGAGUAUAGCCCUUAUCCUCAACAAUGAUGGCGUUAGGCUAGCUACGCUGAGCCUCCACACUGCCGACGUGGGCAUUUCGCUCGUAGGCCGUACGAUGCUGAUACAGUCACGAAUUGGAAGCUUGACUUUGAUUGACGACGUCAACACGGGUGCUUCAGAGACCUCUGACCUUCGGAGACUCUUGACUAUCGAAGGCGAGAAUUUUGCGGAUUUCAAGUAUGAAACCUUCGAUCCCGAGAGUGCAGAGUACCCGGGGUAUGAUUCGGAAGUCUUCCUCCGGUCGGGCUCAAUGAAGAUCAAUUUCUUGGAAGAGCCAUACCGCAAGAUUAUCAAUUUCCUGGUCAAGUUCGGCAAGAUGCAGGCUAUCUUCAAUGCCGCACGGCAAGCUGCAGCGAACCAGGCCAACCAGCUCCAAGAAAACGCCUCCCGAAUGCGGUUUGAUGUGGUGGUUAUGACUCCAAUCUUGGUCUUCCCAGGAGCCAUCAGGGAAGACCUUCCCCAUGAUACAGUGACUGCUCACCUCGGUGAGAUAUACGCUAAGAAUACAUUCGUCCCCCUUGAUGAAAAUACCGAUAGCCCUGCUGUCAAUCUGAUCUCCUCCGGAAUCCGCAACAUCCGCCUGACUUCAAAGUUCCACUAUGAUGAGGAUACUGUAGAGGAGCUAGAGAUGAUACAGAAAGUCAACCUUGACUUUAGUAUAUGCUAUCUUGAGCACCAGCAAGACAAUCCACGCCCGGACAUGGAAAUUGAGGGAUCAUUGUCUCCUAUCAACCUUCGCAUAUCACAGAAACAGCUGAAGUUCUUACUUGAUCUUUCCAAGAGGGUUCCCAGCGCUUUCGCGACUGAUGCGGAACAGCAAGAGCUAGAGGCCAUGGAAUCACUUCCUUCAUCGGUGACAGAACCUUCAAGGGAGGCUGGGUCUCGGGCCAUGCAGCCUAGGCAAGCUCAAGAAACUACAUCCUCGGAAACUCCUAACGGCGAAACCUGGGUCCGGCUUGAUAUGAUAUUUAAGGUGGAUAGCGUGGGACUGGAGCUCAUUCUUGCUGACGACGAUGCGCCCGUUGGUAGCUUGGAGGAUUCCAGUCUGUCUAAGUUCUCACUGAAUGACACACGGGUCAAGUUGCGCAUGUUGACAGAUGGCUCUUUGGAAUCUGAACUCCUAAUCCACUCGCUGUCCAUUCGCGACAGUCGCAACAAGGACACAAACAAGUUCCGAAAGAUCAUGUCAUUGAUCAAUAACGAUGUCAAGCAGCAGUUUAUGGCCAGCGUCUCCAUGUCCCCAGGGCCAAAUAAUCAUCUCAUAGCAAUGCUGACCAUCGACAGCCCGCGCAUUAUACUUGCCCUGGACUACCUAUCUGCUUUACAAUCUUUUACCAAUGCGGCCUUCGCUACGGAAGAGCCAGUGGUCGAAGAAGAAGGCGACGAGUCUCCUGAUGAAUCGGAGCCAAGGACCAGCACUGCCGACAGCAUUGACGAGUCUACAACAACACCUCCAAAUGGGACCGAUACAGUUGCCACUGCUACUGGCGGUCAGAUGACUGUGUCCUUUAGAGUGAACCUUGUCGACGCUCAAGUGAUAACCAUCGCGAAUCCCGCCAUCACGCAUACCGAGGCCAUCGUCCUUGGAACGAAACAGAUGUUAUUCUCCCACCAAAAUGUCUCCACGCUGCAGAUCAGCAAGGUGGGAAUGUUCUUGUGCCGCAUGGACAAGUUUGAGACAAGCAGGCUUCGUAUUCUGGAUGACUUCACAUUGGAGGUAUCUGUGGACAGUCGCCCACAGGAAAAGGGGUCAUCUUUGACCUCCAUUAACGUUCACAUAGAGCCAUUGGUUCUACGCCUUUCUCUUCGCGACAUAUUGAUGGCAAUUCAGAUCGUUAAUAAGGCAUCCGAAAUGAGAGCCCAAGGAUCACAGCCGGCUGAGAGCGACGAGCCGAAGAAGCUGACGGAUGUCAAAAGUAUAAAGCCAAAAUCUUCCAGAAGACGAUCGAGCGGCAGGCCAUCAUCAACGGCGGUGGCCUCAAGGUCUCAAAGACACUCGGUUGCCGCACCCGACAACUCAGGCCGGGAGCUCGUAUCGCAACAGUCCGCCGUGCUGAAGCGGGAGGAACUGACUGCUCAGGUGGAUGGCGUUAGAGUGAUCCUCAUAGGCGACCUCCACGACCUCCCGCUGCUAGACUGGAGCGUCAAGAAAUUCAACGUGGAUGUUCGGGACUGGUCAUCAACGCUGCAUGCCGAUACCAACUUUGAUACUUUUGUCAAUGUGUACAACUUCUCCAAGUCGGCCUGGGAGCCCCUUAUAGAGCCCUGGCAGCUAGGGUUCCAUGUGGCGAGGGAGACUGCGCCGGAGCUACUUUCUAUAGAUGCCUACUCCCACAAGACGAUGGAGCUUACGGUUACUUCAGCAACAAUUGCACUGGCAUCCAAGUCUUUCCAGUUCUUAUCGACGGACGAAGACGUUCUUUCCAAACCGAGGGGUGCUGAUGCGCCCUAUCGGAUCCGUAACCACACUGGUUUCGACCUGCAUGUUUGGGCUGAUGUCAGUGCGGAGGAAGAGGGGCCAGCUGCUAGAUUGGCUGACGGUGAAGAGUAUCCUUGGCGAUUUGAGGACUCCACUGCUAUGCGUGAGACGCUCGCACCCGAAGGCCAUGCAGGGCUUGUUGGGGUUAAGCUCGAAGGGAGUGGGUUCGAGAGUGUAAGCCGCAUCCCCGUCGUUCGGGAAGGCGAGAUCCUGUACGGGUUGAAGCCUAAGAAAGACGGUAUUCUUCACCAACUGCUUGUGGAGGUGAAGUUGGGUGCCGACAAUGUCAAGUAUAUCACCUUUCGCUCACCACUGGUCGUCGAGAACAGCACACAAAUACCUGUGGAGCUGGGCGUGUUCAACCCCAAUGAUGGCCACCUACUGAAGAUCGAGAAGAUUCUUCCUGGUGAUUCCCGACCUGCACCUGUUGGGGCGGCCUACAUGCAUUCGCUUGUCAUUCGCCCUGAUCAGGGCUUUGGCUAUGACUGGUCUCGCGAGCAAUUACACUGGAAAGACCUCAUGCGUCGGCCAACUCGGACAAUCAAAUGCAUAAGUGAAAACGGACAACAAGCUCCUCCUUUCUAUUUCCAAAUGCAUGCUACCUUCAACGCCCGAGACAAGCUAACCAGUGUUUAUCCUUACAUGCGGGUCCGCAUCUUUGCUCCAGUUGAGAUCCAGAAUCUCCUGCCUUACGACUUCAAGUAUCGUAUCUAUGACAAGAACACAAAGAAGGACUGGACGAAUUUCCUACGCAAAGGUGGAGUCAGCCCCGUACACGUCGUUGAGCUAUCUCACCUACUGCUCCUCAGCGUCGACUUGGAGGACACCGUGUUUAGGCAGAGCGACUUCGCGAUCAUCAAUGGAAAUUCUCAAGACUAUAGAAGAGAGCAUGUGCUUUCUUUGAAGGAUGAGCGAGGCAUCCAGCUUAGAUUAAAGCUUCAUUACUUCAACGUGCCCGACAGCGGUGGAGCCUUCAAGAUCUCCGUCUACAGCCCUUACCUUGUUUUGAAUAAGACAGGCCUUCCUAUGGAAAUCCAAAGCAAAGCCUUUUUGCAGUCGGCCCGAUCGGCGGCUGGCCAGGGGCUGAUGGCCGAUCCGAGACACGGUGGACGGGCGCUUCCAUACAUGUACUCCUAUCCAACGGAUGAUCAGAAAAAUCGGUCUAUGUUGAGAAUCGGUGACUCUGCUUGGAGCAAGCCCCAGAGUUUUGAAGCCAUUGGAAGCACAUUCGAGGUUGUUCUAUCUGACAGGAAUGGUAGAUCCGAGUUCCAUUCUGGAGUGUCUGUCGCUGAAGGCGAAGGCAAAUACAAACUGACCAAGGUUGUCACUAUCGCACCGCGCUUCGUCCUGAAGAAUAAACUCAACGAGGACAUCCUAGUCCGGGAACCAGGUUCAUCAAAUGUUCAACAAAUCAAGGGCGGUGACCUGAUACCUUUACAUUUCUUACGCCAAGUCGCGGAAAAGCAGCUCUGUCUCUGCUUCCCGGGCGUCAACAACCAAUGGUCAUCACCCUUCAACAUCGCGGAUAUCGGAACAGUUCAUGUCAAGCUCGCCAAGGCAAACCAGCGCCAAAGGCUUAUUAAAGUGGAUGUUAUCAUGGAAGGUGCUACCUUGUUCAUUCACUUCAGUUUCGAGCCUCGCCACUGGCCAUUCUCCAUGCGAAACGAAAGUGACAUGGAGUACAUCUUCUACCAAGCUAACCCGAACCUGGAAGAUGAUGAAGAAGACAGGUCAAAUGGCUGGCGACCAAUUCGCUACCGUCUUCCUCCCCGCAGCAUUAUGCCAUAUGCUUGGGACUAUCCUGCUACAAAGAACAAGUCCCUUGUACUGACAUGUAAAGGAAAGGAGAGGCACAUCAAGCUCGCUGAGAUUGGAAAUUUGAUACCAAUGAGAAUCCCCCCAACUCAGUACGGGGAAUCACAGAAAAUCAUUGAUAUCAACAUUGUCGCAGAUGGGCCAACUCAGACUCUAGUCCUGUCGAACUUCAAGGCGUCCAAGAGCAUUUACAAGCAGAAGGGGCAAGGGCAGGCAUCCCAAAGCAGCUUAAGCACAGGCUUCGAGGUCAAAGAGCUUGAUUCGGACGUCAACUUCAAAGCCCAACUUCGCCUUGGAGGCAUUGGCAUUUCUUUGAUCAACCAGAACUUGAAGGAGCUGCUCUACCUAACCUUCCGCGACAUUGAGAUCAAAUUUAGAGAGUCGAGGGUCUACCAGACCUUGAACACUACGAUCAAGUGGAUUCAAAUCGAUAACCAGCUCUACGGGGGUAUUUUCCCGAUCUUGCUCUAUCCCAGUGUUGUUCCCAAGACUGGAAAAGAGAUGGAGGCGCACCCUAUUUUCCAUGCCAUGGUCACGCGGGUCAAGGACGACUCUUAUGGUGUUCUUUAUAUCAAGUAUGCCACUGUGCUUCUGCAGCAGAUGACUCUGGAGCUUGACGAAGAUUUCAUUGUCGCAAUGCUGGACUUUGUCAAGGUACCCGGUGCUUCAUGGUCUGAGGAGCAUGAGGGAAAGCUCUGCGAUGAAAACUUGAACAUUCCAGAGCCGCAGAACGAAGGCGUUGCCCAAGACGUCUAUUUCGAGCUCCUUCAUUUGCAACCUAUGCAGCUUGAUAUCUCUUUCAUGCGGACCGAGCGUGUGAACGCGGAUGAUGCUCUGCAACCGUCCAACCCUCUGAUGUUCUUUGUCCAUGUCAUGACAAUGUCGAUGGGCAAUGUCAACGACGCCCCUGUUCGUCUGAACGCCCUAAUGCUGGAGAAUGCUCGAGUCUCAUUUGGGGUGCUUGCCAGCAACAUCCAGAGGCACUACACGCAAGAAUUCCUUCGCCAAGUGCAUGUUGUUCUUGGUUCAGCGGAUUUCCUGGGCAAUCCUGUUGGGUUGUUCAACAACGUUAGUUCUGGUGUGGCUGCAAUUUUCUACGAGCCAUAUCAGGGACUAGUGAUGACCGAUAGACCUCAGGAGCUGGGCUACGGUAUUGCAAAGGGCGCUACGAGCUUUGUGAAGAAGUCUGUCUUUGGUUUCUCUGACAGUAUGGCCAAGCUUACUGGAAGUAUGUCCAAGGGUCUGGCUGCUGCUACGCUUGACAAGGAAUUCCAAGAUCAGCGACGGAUGUCGAAAUCUCGGAACAGACCAAAACACGCCUUGUAUGGCAUCACCGCGGGUGGCAAUGCAUUCGCGACCAGUCUAGCAAGCGGUAUUGGAGGACUUGCUCGUCAUCCACUGCAGGGUGCCGAAAAGGAAGGCAUACAAGGGUUCUUCAAGGGCGUUGGAAAGGGUGUCCUGGGUUUGGCCACCAAGCCCGCGAUAGGCGCCUUCGAUCUUGCCUCAAACUUGGCCGAGGGUGUACGAAACACUACCACCGUUUUUGAUGCCGAGGGACUCGACCGUGUUCGCCUCACCCGCUUCAUCGCCACUGAUGGUAUUGUGCGACCUUACUCGCAGCGCGAAGCAUUGGGACAGUUCUGGCUGAAGACCUCCGACGACGGGAAAUACUUCAACGAGGAUUAUAUCGCACACCUGGAGCUUCCGGGCCGAGACAUGCUGGUCAUGUUGACAUACGAUCGGAUUAUCCUCGUGCGCACCAAGAAGCUCCGAACCGAAUGGGAUAUGCGAUUAACGGACAUCCAAACCAUUUCCAAGGAGCGCACAGGCAUGAGCAUCACACUCAAGGGUGGUGCCAAUGGCCCCUUUAUCCCGGUCCAGGAUGAAAGCUCCAGGAACUGGCUGUACCGGCAGAUAGCCAUUGCCGUCAACGCCUUCAACGAGAAGUACAACUCUCGUAGCUAAGAACAUUUAUAUUCUCUUAACGAUGUUACGUCGGCGGGUGGUUGCUUGAAUUUUCCCUAGCAAGGUUGACAUGAAAGGUGGUAAAAAGCAAAGAUUGAAAUGAUGACACACUAUCAUGUUUUAUUGCUCUUCUUUUUUCCUCUCCUGCCGCUGCCGAUUAA